AUACGAUCUAUUUGAAAAUUCCCGAGAAAUAACUCCGCGACUUUGGUUUCAGAUAAAGGCAGCCAUCGUUGUUUGAUUGAUUUGAGUAGUAACAUAGAGCAAACCGUUACAUGUGCUUCCAUUUGUUGUCCCCAAUUCCCACAAAUUUGCCCCCUUCGAUCUUAAUGAGCAGAAACCACAUCACCAGUCACAAAUUCAUCUUUCUUUCUCCAAGCAGACAUCUUUCUUGUGUUUCAGGAGCUCAAAAUACCACUAAUACGCGCUUUUCUUCCCUCCUCACCCUUUCCCCAAAUCAACUCAUACUCGAUUGAAGUCCAUAACCCAACUGACACUGAUUUUGUUGCUUAAUAGAAGAUCGCCGAAUAUAGGUUGCUGAUUUUUGUUUUUGUUAUUCGAUCGGCUAUCAGUGAUGUUUCCGAGUGAUGGUGAUGUGUUCUGCAUGAUAUUGAUCCGGCUGAGGUAAAUUUUGGAUUCGGCAUAUCGAUAAAAGAUGCGCAGGCGGGCUGCCGACUACCGGCGCCCGGUUCGAAGGAAGUUUUCAGUUUGGAUCUGGGUGCUUCUCGGUUUACUCUGUAUUGCUGGAUUUAUUUUCUUAUUUUUUCUACAGAAUCAAGAAUUUAAAGAUCGAGUAGAACAGCCCAUACUGGAUCAAAAAUCUGGAACUCUACAAUUCCCUCAUACAAACCAAAAUGUAACCGAUGAGUCAGCAAAUCCAAAUUCAUAUGCCAGACAAUUACUCGAACAAAUGACACUAGCAAAAGCCUACAUUGUCAUUGCAAAAGAACACAACAAUCAUCAUCUUGCAUGGGAGCUAACUUCAAACAUCAGAACAUGUCAAUUCCUUCUUUCAAAAGCAGCCAUGAAAAACACCCAAAUGACACAACAAGAAGCUCAACCACUCAUCAAAACCCUUUCAACUCUCAUCUUCAAAGCACAAGAAUCCCAUUAUGACAUUGCAACCACAAUCAUGACCAUGAAAUCUCACAUCCAAGCUCUUGAAGAACGUGCAAAUGCAGCCACUAUUCAAAGCACUCUUUUUGGUCAAUUAGCUUCCGAAUCACUUCCCAAGAAUCUCCACUGUUUAAACAUCAAACUUUUAUCAGAUUGGCUCACAAACAACACGUUACAUGACAUUACAAAUGAGAUCAAAAACUCACCAAGAUUACUAGACAACAAUCUUUAUCAUUUCUGUGUGUUUUCAGAUAACUUACUAGCUGUUUCAGCUGUAGUCAACUCCACAAUCUCAAACACUUUACACCCUAAACAAAUCGUAUUCCAUGUUGUCACAAAUGAAGCAAACUAUGGAGCCAUGCAAGCUUGGUUUGCAACUAACAACUUCAAAGGGUGUACAAUUGAAGUAAAAAAGAUCGAAGAUUUGACUUGGUUGACUUCUUCAUAUUCACCCGUGGUUAAAAAACUAACCCAACCAGAGUUUCGUGCGUAUUAUUUCCAAGGGUCUUUAGACAAUGAGCCAAAAUUUGGAAACCCGAAAUACGUAUCUUUAUUAAACCACCUUCGAUUCUACAUCCCUGAAAUCUACCCUCACCUUGAGAAAGUCAUAUUUCUUGAUGAUGAUGUCAUCGUUCAAAAAGAUUUGACUCCUUUAUUCUUGUUAGAUCUUCAUGGAAAUGUAAAUGGAGCUGUUGAAACGUGUCUUGAAUCUUUCCAUAGAUUCUACAAGUACUUGAACUUUUCAAAUCCUGUUUUGAGUUCGAAAUUUGAUCCACAAGCAUGUGGUUGGGCUUUUGGUUUGAAUGUCUUUGAUCUUGUUGCAUGGAGGAAUGCUAAUGUGACAGGUGUUUACCAUUUUUGGGAAGAACAGAAUAGUGAAGGGAUGUUAUGGAAGUUAGGGACUUUGCCACCUGGAUUAUUGGCUUUUUAUGGAAGAACAGAGCCACUUGAUAGAAGAUGGCAUGUGUUGGGGUUAGGGUAUGAUAUGAACAUUGAUAACAGGUUGAUUGAAAGUGCAAGUGUGGUUCAUUUUAAUGGGAACUUGAAGCCAUGGUUGAAGUUUGGGAUUGGAAAAUAUAAGGUGUUAUGGGAACAGUAUGUGAACAGAAGUCAUCCUUAUCUUUUCGAUUGUGUUGUGAAUUGAGAGGAUUAGAAGGAGAAAAUGUAGAAAAUUUUGGUAUUGUUUUAGAUGUUUUGUUUUAUUGUUCGUAAGUUAUAUUGUUUCUUUUUUGAAGAGGGGUCUUAUACACAAGAUGAAAAAAGUGUAUUAUUUAUUGAUUUUGUAAGGCAUAGAAGCA